AACCUCCCGCAUAUACACCCCGUUCCCCUCCCUCUGUUUUUCUGAUUACCUUCCACUCCUCUUUUUUCCCACACUCUUUCUCUCUCUCUCUCUCUCUCUCAAUCUCUGUCUCUCUGGCUACCAAAACUCCUUUCCCUUGCCCUUGCUAUUUAUUUUUGGGUGCAGACUUCUCUGUCACUCCCACUCUUAUCAUGCCAAUGACUUAAUGGUUUUUGGCAAGUAUUUCUGCUCUUAAAGUCCUAACCUUCAACUUUAUUUGAAAAAAUUAAAAGUACUAAAUAUAAUCUCUCAAAAUUAAACUAUUUUCCUCAUUUAUAUAUAUAUAUAUAUAUAUAUACAUAUUCUCAUCGAUCCCGAUUCCUUGGUCUUCCCCUGCGUUUGCAAUCUAGGAAAUAUUAAAUGGAGGAGCUAAUAAUUUCACCAUCUUCAUCUUCUUCACUGGUCUCUUUGUCCCAAGAAACCCCACCUACCCUUCAGCAGAGGCUUCAAUUCGUAGUACAGAGCCAGCCCGAUUGGUGGUCCUAUGCCAUAUUCUGGCAGGCCUCAAACGACGACAAUGGCCGACUCAUUUUAGGUUGGGGAGACGGCCAUUUCCAAGGCCACAAGGACAGCACAUCUCCCAGGCUUAAUCACUCUACCACCAGCAACCACUACCCCAUCUCGGGUCUCCAUUCGGAGCGCCGAAAGAUCCUGAAGAGCAUCCAGUCUCUCAUCGGCGACACCAACCCGGACAUCGAGAACAUCGCUAUGAAUGGCGAUGUCACCGACGCCGAGUGGUUCUACGUAAUGUCCCUCACCCGCUCUUUCUCCAUCGGCGAUGGAGUUCCUGGCAAGGCCUUCAGCUCCGGUUCUCUGGUGUGGUUGACCGGCGGCCAUGACCUUCAGUUGUACAACUGCGAGAGGGCUAAAGAGGCCCAAAUGCAUGGCAUUCAGACUUUGAUCUGCAUCCCAACCUCUUCUGGUGUUGUCGAGAUGGGCUCCUCCGAUAUCAUUGGGGAGAACUGGGGUUUAGUCCAGCAGGCCAAGUCUCUAUUCGGGUCGGAUCUCAUUGGCUUGGCACCGGAACAGCCCAACCCAAGCAGCGCACCUAUUCAGUUUCUCAACCGAAAUAUUUCAUUUGCGGAUAUCGGCAUCAUCGCCGGAGUUCAAGAGGAGGAUAAUUCUCAGGACGAUAACAAAGCAGAUACAGUGAAUAAUUUGAAUUUCAUGAUGAUGAAGAAGAGGAAUAAUAACAAUCAUAAUAAUAAUAAGAAGAAAGAAGGUGGGAAACCCCCCGGGGGACAAACUUCAUCUUAUGUGGACUCGGAGCAUUCCGAUUCUGACUGUCCCUUAAUGGCAGCAGUGACGGCCGAAAAGAAGACUCCAAAGAAAAGAGGCCGUAAGCCCGGGCUGGGCCGAGACACCCCCUUGAACCACGUGGAGGCCGAGCGCCAGCGACGCGAGAAGCUCAACCAUCGCUUCUACGCCCUUCGAGCCGUCGUUCCUAACGUGUCGAGGAUGGACAAGUCGUCGUUGUUAUCGGACGCCGUGUCGUACAUCAACGAGCUCAAGACGAAGAUCGACGAUUUGGAAUCGCAGCUGCAGAGGGAGUCCAAGAAGGUGAAGCUGGAGACGGCCGACAACUUGGACAACCAGAGUACCACCACUUCCGUGGACCAGGCAGCCAGGCCUAAUUCAGCCGCCGCUGCUGCUGCAGGGUUUGCACUCGAAGUGGAGGUUAAGGUUGUAGGUACGGACGCCAUGAUCAGGGUUCAAUCUGAGAAUGUGAACCACCCAUCCGCACGCCUAAUGGGUGCUUUACGUGACCUGGAAUUCCGAGUCCACCAUGCCAGCGUUUCAAGCAUCAAUGACCUCAUGCUUCAGGACAUUGUCGUCAAAGUCCCUGAAGGAAUGAGAAACGAAGACGCCCUCAAAGCUGCUAUUCUUAGAAGAUUAGAUCAGUAAGAACAGAUCAAUGGGCUUUUAAUUUUUAAUUUUUUUUCUUUUUUUAAGCUCAUCGUGAACGGUUUGUUUUAAUUUCUUAAAUUUCAACUAAGCUUCUCGUUUUCGGUUUUUCAUUUAUUCCUUUUUUUUUUUUCCCCCUUUAUUUCAAAUUAAUAUUGUAACUAUGGAGAUAAUAGUUAGAAGCUGUGCUGUUGUUGUAUUUUUGAGCCUUAAAUAAUGAACAAGUAGAAGUAAAAAUUUGUA